CGCCUCCCUGUCUGAACAGAUACUGCCUGCUGCCUGUGCAACCUGUCUGACGGGGGAAAACCACUGGUGUCAUCGGCUCCCCUUCAAGCAGGAAUUGGUAAGGACAUUUCAGAACUUCUUGGACCUCUGCAGUACAUUAUGUCAGCUAUCAAUGACACCAAAUUAAAAUCUGUAAUAUUCCUUCUCACCGGGCUACCGAGUCAUGGAGGCACUCAUCUCUGGAUUUCUAUCCCCUUCUGCUUCAUGUAUGUUAUUUCAAUAAUAGGAAAUUCAGUCAUUCUGUUCAUUGUAAAGACAGAUCCAAGCCUCCAUGAGCCCAUGUACAUUUUCCUUUCUAUGCUGGCCAUCACAGACCUUGGCAUAUCGAUAACCACCAUACCGACGAUACUGGGCAUAUACUUGUUUAACUCUAGGGAGAUCAGCCUCGACGCCUGUUUAGCCCAGCUCUUCUUCAUCCACUUGCUUCAAUACUUUGAAUCCUCUGUGCUCUUGUUGAUGGCCUUUGACCGCUUCAUUGCCAUCCAUAACCCGCUCAGAUAUGCUUCCAUCUUAACCCUGCCAAGAAUAGCCAAGAUGGGACUGGUGGCUGUGCUAAGAGCGAUGGUCUUAAUACUUCCACUUCCCUUUCUCCUGAAACGGUUCCAAUACUGUCAUGCCAAUGUCCUCUCCCAUUCCUACUGUGUGCACCAGGAGGUCAUGAACAUGGCUUGUUCCGAUAUCACAGUCACCAGUAUCUAUGGAUUGUUUACUAAACUCUUCCAGAUGGGGUUGGACUCGCUGCUCAUCUUGCUCUCUUAUGUGAUGAUCCUCAAAACAGUGCUGAGCAUUGCAUCCUACAAGGAGCGCCUGAGGGCCCUGAACACCUGCGUUUCCCACCUCUGUGCCCUCCUGGUCUUCUACACACCAGAGAUCAGUUUGUCUGUGAUACACAGAUUUGGGAAGGGCUCUUCUCCCUUACUUCAGAUUCUCCUGGGAUACAUGUCCCUGCUUCUCCCGCCACUGAUGAACCCAAUUGUGUACAGCGUGAAAAGCAAACACCUUCGUGUGAGGAUAAUCAGGGUGUUUAUCAAGUGA